AUGUGGUGGUUGGAUCCACGAGCGGCGAGAGAACACCCUGAUAACGGGCUUACAGAGAUGGAGGGGUUUAUCAGGUUUCCAAACCACCUAUACGGAUUGGGACUCAACAACGUUCUUGAGGAAAUGCUUGUAACGUCGCAUAUCGCACAUCUAGCUCGAAGGUCAUACGUUUUUGAGGAUUACGUUUGGUCGAAGCUCCCCAUUCCAUACACGAUCUACGACUUCACCCUGCGACCCAGCCGGAUUCCCCUAAAUGCUUUUAUUGGAGGAUUUGUCGCAGGAGACAGUGUAUCCUUCGACGCGAUUCAAAUCAGAACCAAGAACACCUCGCGCUACCGUUCGGUGUCAUCGGAAUACUACGACUACGUUUGCCCUGCAAGUCUUUCAUCAAAAGAUCGAGUCGUCUUGGAUGCCAGGAUGAGACCGAGGGACUUUAAGGAUACUAAUGCACUGGUCAACUGGUGGGUAGAAAAGAUUAACUUGCGAGGAGCAGGGAGGAGAUGUGUGGAGAUACGCGAAGGCGACAUUAGCAAACCUCUGGCCAAGCGUGUCGUACACUGGGAUUUCUUCAUGUCUCCGGUGCACAUCAGGAGUCUGGUGCCAGAAAUUCUUGCCUCGCCUGUCCUAAAGACGUGGAAAUGGUCGCCUCUCGUUCUCCGAAGAGUUCACCAGCUGCUUCAUGACCUCGAUCUUGUCGAUCCUUCGGCGUCUACAUCCGGGUCGGAACUAGCGAACGGGGGUGCUGCAGCUCAGAUCAUACCAAACCUCCUUGCGAUACACUUGAGGCGAGGUGACUAUAAACGUCACUGUAGCCGCUUGCUAGGCUGGGGCUCUGGCUUCAUGGGCUUCAACCUCGCGCAAGAACUUCCGUCGCAGGAUGCGUUCCUGCCUCCCAACCUCACCAACAGCCCUGCACCAAGCCUGGAGGAGUAUUACAUGAAAAGAUGCUUACCUGAUAUUCGACAGGUAGUUGAGCGCGCCCAGGAAGUGCGACGAGACUGGGAAGAAUCAAUCGCCUCACCAGGCUACUCAUCGGGUGCAAGUCUUACCAAAGUUUUGAUCCUCUCAAAUGGCUGGCCGGAUUUCCUGAACGAGCUGGGUGAUGCUCUAACCAGUGAUGGCUGGGAUAUAGUUAAUCAGCGGAAGGGUGGACACUCUCAGCGAGGGGACAGAGACAUAGGUGUUGCCGUCGAUAUGGCUUUGGCAGAGCGGGCUGAAGUGUUCCUCGGAAACGGACGCUCUUUCGACUAUCGAAAGGCCUCUCAGGACUUCGAAACCGCCUUCUCUAGCGGUUGA